AUGAAUAUUUCUGCUGAAGAUAAAGCUACUAAAAAAUAGAAUAAAAUUACUAUCACUAACGAUAAAGGCAGAUUAUCUAAAUAAGAUAUAGAUAGAUUAGUCAACGAAGCUGAAAAAUUUAAAGCAGAUGACGAGAAGAUUAGACAAAGAAUUGAAGCUAAAAACUCUUUAGAAUCUACCACAUAUCACAUCAAAAAUACUAUGAAUGAAGAACAACUAAAAGAUAAAUUUUCUGCUGAUGAAAAAAGAUAAUUAACUGAUUUAGUUGAAUAAACUUAAAAGUGGCUGGAUUGUCAUCAAAAUGAAGAAGCAGAAGUUUAUAAAGAAAAGCUCAAAGAAUUGGAAUCUAAAUUCCAUCCUAUUAUGUAAAGAGUCUACACUUAAGCUGGAGCAGCUGCUGGAGCCGGACCUUAAAUGCCAAAUAUGAAUAGAGGAAAUGACUCAGAAUUUAAGCCAACUGUUGAUUAAGUCGAUUGA